AUGGUAAACGUUAAUAAAAAUAAUAUUGUAACUAUUCAAUCCCAAGUUUUUGAUGGAUUUUGCGGAAACAAUAUUGUUUCUUUUGUUUUAAGGAGACGAGGACAUGUCCCCAAAGUUUUGAAUACAGUUCAGUAUUAUUCAAAAUAUAAACAUUGUGGUAUGGAAUUAAGUUUAUGUGAUAUGAAAAGUAUUUUAAAUGAGUUUGUAUUAGAUGUAUCAAAUUUAUAUGGUGAUAACAAUAACUUGUAUUUUUUAACUGGAUUUACUAAAACAAAGGAAUGUAUUGAAUAUGCUAUAAAAACAAUUUUAGAAUUAAAAAAUAAAAGACUAAGCAAAUGUAUUAAUAACAAUGUAACUACAGAUGGUGAUAUCAGAAACAUUGCUACAUCGGGCAUACAUAAUGAAGAAGAAUGUUUGAUAGAAAAUAUAAUAAAUAAAAAUUUUUUAUGGAUUUGUGAUCCUGUAUUAGGAGAUGAUGGAAGAAUGUAUGUAAAUAAAGAUAUUGUAGAUGUAUAUAAAACAUAUGCUAGUAAUGCUGAUAUAAUAACACCAAAUCAAUAUGAACUUGAAUUAUUAUGUGAUAUAAAAAUUUCAAAUGAAAAAGAUGUUAUAGAUUCUUUAUCAAGCUUAUUAAAUAAAGGAACUAAAAUUGUUAUUUUGACAUCUGUUCUAUAUGAUUUUGAUAAAGAACAUUUAUAUGCUUAUGUUAGUUUUUUUAAUAAACAAAAUAAAAUGAUUUGCUAUAAAUACAAAAUUAAAAAAUUUGAUUUUUUUGUUUGCGGUACUGGUGAUUUAUUCUCUUCUCUAUUAUUAUCCCAUAUAAUCAAACAAGGAGGAAGUAUUCUCAAAAUUAUAUCCAAAGUUUUAAAUAUUAUGCAUAAUGUCAUAGAAAAUAGUACUGGCUCUAUGGAAUUACACAUAAUAGAAAACCAAGAUAUAAUUGCCGGUGACAAAGUAUAUGGAACUUUUGUCGAUCCCGAACCUGUUUGUAUAUAA